AUGGCUGAUUGGGGUCCGGUGGUGAUAGCGGUGGUGCUGUUUGUGAUUCUGUGUCCAGGUCUGCUGUUUCAAAUACCAGGAAGAGGAAGAGUAAUCGAGUUCGGGAACAUGCAAACAAGCGGUGCUUCCAUUCUUGUUCACGCCAUUAUAUACUUUGGACUCAUCACUAUCUUACUCAUUGCCAUUGGCGUUCAUAUCGUUACUGGGUAA